ACUUGUAGUGAAAGUCUUAAAAGACGCAACAAAACUAUAGAAAAAUGCCACGCACCGAGAUACUUAAGCAAACUCAAAGCCAGGAUCUCGAUCCUAAAAAGAAGAUCAAAACGAACACACCUGAAGUGGAGAUCAACAAAUUAAACACGCGAUACCAAAAGGAAUUAAGCCACCAAAUCAAGUCCAUUCGAAACAAUACCAAUAAGCAGGUGCUGCAGAUGAAGUGUUCUGUUCCCGAGCCUCCCGUUAGUAAGUCGGAGAAGGUUGGACUUGAAUUGAGUUUCUUGCGCUGGCCACGCGCCGGAGAAGAGGUGUUCUCAACGGCGGGCAGUCCCCUGGCUGUGCUAAGGCAGCCGGAGCACUGUGUCAAUGUGCACAUACCCACAAGGAAGGGUAUAAUCAAGGUGAAGCCUCACAAAAUGAAGCAGGUGGACAGUGACACACUGAUGACUAUGGACCAAAAUACCUUCAGCCAGGUGAAGGUCUUGAAUACCAACUUAGAGAUGAUAAUCGAUAAGGUCACAAAAAUGGGAAAACUAUAAAUACUUUCACUAAUCAAAACGAUUUUUCGAUCCCCCCUAACUGAAACAAAAUCCAUCAUAAUAUUAUUACGCUUAUUUCGUUAAUAUUUUAUUUA